GACAUGAUUGUUUUGGACAUUUGUUUAGUGUACAAAUGUAUUACCUCUGGGGUUUUAAGUUAAACGCUUCGCUAAACCAGAGGCGUUGUCAAAAUGAACUUCUGGAAGGUUUGCCUAUGGACGAAAGGAACCUUUAAAUGUGUGUUUGUGUUUCAACCCGAACCAUUAGCUGCUUGUGCAACUUCUUCGGACGCGGAUGUAGUGUUGUUUGUACCGUUAUGCAGUGCAGCUGGUCUUACUUAGGUCCGCUCCAGUGGACAAGUUACGUCAACAAACACGUAAAGGUUACGGCAGGAAAAGAGGACGAGUUUGACGGCUGGCUGCUUACUGUGGACCCGGUGUCUGCCAGUCUAGUCCUGGUGAAGUUCAACACGGUGGGCAGGGCCAGCGUGCAGGUGGUGAUGGGUCAUGCGGUGCAGCAGGUGGAGAUUCUACAGGAAGCGGACCAGACCAUGGCUGAGCAUCUGCAGUCUCUCUUCCUGCCUCCGCGGCCCGGCGGUCUGGAGCCGCAGGAACGUCUGCGGCGCCGCUCCAUAGUGCGGCAGUGGUUGGAGAAGAACCGCAUCCCAGUGGAGGAAGAGGGGGAGGAGCUUAAGGUGGCGGGGGCACUGACAAUCACCUCGCCUUACGGAUGUGAUGACUGCAGCAGCUCCAAUGAGAUCAUCUUAGACCGCAUCCAAAAACUGUUACAUCAUCUGGAGGAGGACUGAAGCAUUACAGCAUGUGCUCACCUGCUGAAGGCGGAGGAGGCGGCCACACCAUCUGUCCUUUACAAAAUAAAAGUAAAUUUUCCACAGUACAAGCAUGUCAGCUGUCAGUGUCACUCAUGUUUUUAUGGCAACACAACCUUUUAUUUUGAAAGGGAUAUUUGCAGUGUUGUCACAUGGCAACAGUCUAUGGCAACAGUCCAGGUUGAAGAGACUGAAGUGACAAAUGAGAGGGUUGGUUGGUUUCAAGGCACCUCGUUAAGAGCCAAUGAUGAUGUGACUAUGUAGCGCUACACGGUGAAACACGGUAAAGCGGUUCUAAAUGGGUUCUAAACAGGUGUGAACACAAUCAUGUUCAUGUUUGUGCCAGUGGGAAUGCAAAGUGGAGCACAAGCACCAGCGAGUCCCUCCUCAGUGAGACGGAUCAAGUUUAUUCCCUUGUGUCAAAGAAGGCCAUUCACCAACAGAACCAACAUCAGUCUAACAGAGUACCUCUUUGGUUCUGCUGCUUCUGGUACCUGAAGGCUCCACACCACCGUGUUUCAAAAUAAGAGCACGUGACGUUUGUCAGUCCGCAUCGGAAGGCCUAACCCGAGCGGCUGUAGUGUUAGCUGGUCUAGCCCCGCUCCCUCACAGUGCGGGGGGGCUGUC